AUUGUCCACUCCGUCCGGCCUCCAUUAUAUAUAAAAUACACCCCCCAUCCACAAGCACCAUCGACAUCACGCCCUCUUCUCUUCCCCUUGUCGCACGCACUUCCUAAUAUAUAUCUCAUCUCGCCCAUCAUGAACUUCGACUCCCUCAAGGAGCAGGUCACCAACCUGUCUCUCUAUGACAUCAAGGCCGGCGUCCGGAAGGUCCAGAAUGCGGUUAUGAAUUAUACGGAGAUGGAGGCGAAGGUUAGGGAGGCUACGAAUAAUAAUCCUUGGGGAUCUUCUACGACGGACAUGCAAGAGAUAGCCAACGGCACAUACAACUACCAACUCCUCAACGAAAUCAUGCCCAUGAUCUACAAGCGCUUCACCGAAAAAGCCGCCGACGAAUGGCGCCAAAUCUACAAAGCCCUCCAGCUCCUCGAGUUCCUCAUCAAGAACGGCUCCGAGCGUGUCAUCGACGACGCCCGCUCCCACCUCACCCUCCUCAAAAUGCUGCGCCAAUUCCACUUCAUCGACGCCAACGGCAAGGACCAGGGCAUCAACGUCCGCAAUCGCGCUAAGGAACUCACUGAGCUCCUCUCAGACGUCGAGAGGAUCAGGACGGAACGCAAGAAGGCACGCGCUACGAGACAGAAAUACACGGGUGUGGAAGGCGGCGCUGGGCUCGGCGGAGGCGGCGGCUCUAGUCGCUUCGGAGGGUUCGGGAGUGAAGAGAGAGGUGACUUCGGCGGAUACAGUGGCGGCGUAUUCGGUGACGGCGGAGGCUUCGGUGGUCAGCAGAGCGGAGGCGAUUACGAACCCUCUCGCGCGGGCGGUAGCAGUGGCGGCGGAGACAGAUUCGAGGAAUACGACGAGUACGACGAAGGCGUCUCCUCCCCCUCCAGCAGGCGGCGUCCCGAACCCACCCGCACCACCCCACGCGCAGGUACAGAGCGCAGUACCGCAAAGCCCAAGGCCGCACCACCCGCUCCCAAAGCUCCGGAGGUAGAUCUCUUCUCCUUUGACGAGCCCUCUCCCGCCCCUGGCCUCGGCGCCGUGGCUCCAACAUCCCACGCCCUCGCCGCGGGGAACGAUGAUGACGACGAUUUCGACGAUUUCCAAUCCGCUGCCCCAGCGCCGUCCGCACCGGCUACAACGUCAACGACGACGGCGUACACGCAGUUCGCCUCCCCGCAACCUGUGUCAGCCCCGAAACAAGCUGAUCUCUCAACGAUGAUGGGAGCUGCCUCUCUUUCCCCGGUGCCGAGCUCGACAUCCACCCCAGUGAACUACUCCGCUUUCUCUAUCCCCGCUCCUUCUUCCUCUUCUUCUGCUGGUGCUGGUGCGGCUGCGCAGGCAUUCCGCCCCCAGCCGGCGCAGACGAGUAGUUAUCAAUCCGCGCAACCUAACUACUUCACCUCCGUCCAAGCCCCUGGCGCCGCAUCCACUAGCAGCGCGCCUAUGACUGCUACUUUUACUGGCUCUGGAGCAACCACCUCAGGUGCCGCAGCAGCUAAACCAAAGGCGAGCGGUGACGCGUUUGGGAAUCUGUGGAAUACAGCCAGCGCGGGUGUUAAGAAAUCGGCUGCCCCUGCGCAAGGGCCGGCGCUGGGACAGUUGGCGAGGGAGAAGGCGACGCAGGGGAUUUGGGGGGCGGGAGCGCCGAAGACGCAGAGUGGGAAUGUGGGUGGGGGAAGUGGGUUGGAUGAUUUACUUGGUUAAGUUGGAG